AUGGUGACUGGCAUCGAGGCGGCGGGUCUCGCUCUUGCCAUUCUUCCUCUUCUUAUAAACCAAGUCGACGCCUACGCUCUCGGCAUCGAGAAGAUCAAACUUUUAAGGCGAUACCGACGGGACUUCAAAGGAUAUUCGGUGGGACUGAAAACCCAGCGCACCAUCUUGCUGAAUACGCUAGAGCAAGCCCUCGAAGGUGUCGUCGACGACGAAGAUGAGAUAUCCCAACUCAUUAACAACCCACAAGGCAAAGAAUGGGCAAACGCAGCUCUGCAAGGUCGUCUACGCAGAAAGCUGAACCGAAAUUACGAUAUAUUCUUACAGAAUAUGACUUCUCUCUCGGAUUUACUUGAAUAUCUAUCUCGAAAGCUACAAAUUACCGAAGACCGGACGAACUCAGCCCCCGAAACCUGGGAUCUAUGGAAAUUCCGUAAGAUCCUUAGCAAGGCGGUUUACGACGAUCUCCUUACAAAGAUCAACGCGGCAAAUACAAUAUUGAAGCUUCUGAUUGACCAGUCCGAUCACCGGGAAACAAGUAAGAAAAGGCGGCAGUCCUGGAGCCCCCUCCUACAGCGAUACAAAAAGGCACGCAAGAAUGCUGAAGGGCUAUUUCAAACCAUUAUUGAAGGAAAUUACUGGCGCUGUAGUUGUAAAGAGCAACACAGUGUCCAGCUUCAACUACAAACCAAUCCUCUAAAGAGUGCCGAGGAUCACCCUCUCAGCAACUCUCAAUCUCAGUUCCGGAUGCUCUUUUCCAACAAGGCAGCGGCAACAAGUAAUACGAACCCAGAUUGCUUAUUGACCUGGACAGAAGUGGUCUUUAAGCCUUCGCGGGUUGAAGAGGUCGUGGAACUUGCCACUCUCACCCUUUGCGACGAUUCCACGUUCCACAAGGUCCCAAGGAGAUCUAGGGCUCAGCUCAACGGUUCUACUCUCAUAGAGGAAGCAUCAGAAAUAACUCUUGAGCCUCCAUCUAUCCAGCCCAUUCAGGACUUUUGUUCAUCUCUUCAUAUUGCCGAAAUGAACAGUGGGCAGCAAAAGACCAUUGGUUUCAUUUCCAACGAGAUGAAUACCUCUUUUCGGUACACAAUGGAUGCAGUGAAGAGACUCCCAAAAGGAGUCCCACAAAAGCCUCUUGGGGAAGUUCUUUCAAAAAUCAGUCGUCGUGAUCGGCUCUAUAUUGCUACCGGCCUAGCAUGUGGUGUGGUUCAAUUCUGUGGCAAUUGGCUGAAAUCCUCAUGGGAUAGCUCCGAUGUCCAUCUGGCUGCUGCGGACGACGGUUACAGUGUAUUGCUGGACAAUCUAUAUCUCUCAUGGCCUCUUCUCCCUCUUGAUACUGGGAGAGAGACUUACAACUCGGCGCACUAUCCCAAUGUACGAGGCAAUCUUCUGUUGCCUUUAGGGCUUGCACUGGUGGAACUGUCACUUGGGAAAUCCCUAAGUGUAUUCUUUACUCCGGAGGAUGAGCACCAGGAGCCUUUAGUCACUAAAUUCCGGGUCGCUUCAAGGCUUGUCGACAAUGUGCACCAGGAAAGUGGCACGCACUAUGCAGAAGCAGUUCAUAGCUGCCUCUACUGGUCUGGCAUAAUCUCACUGUCCAAUGAGCAAAAGUUCGUGGAACGUGUCUUUGAUAACAUUGUCUCUCCUUUACUGAAGGACUUGGUAAAUUUCGAAGGUCUUGCGUGA